AUGCCUUCCCUUGGACUGACCGACCACUCGCCGCGCAAUCCCAACCCCUCUCCACCCAUACCGACCGCCUCAAACGUCGUACUCAUUGACAACUAUGAUUCGUUCACCUGGAAUGUAUAUCAGUACCUCGUCUUCGAGGGCGCCGUGGUGACGGUAUAUCGCAACGACGAAAUCACCUUGGAUGAAUUGAUUGCCAAGAAACCUACCCAACUGGUAAUCAGCCCGGGCCCAGGACAUCCAGAGAAAGACGCGGGUAUUAGCAAUGACGCCAUCAAGCACUUUAGUGGAAAGAUUCCCAUCUUCGGUGUAUGCAUGGGAGAGCAAUGUAUCUUUUAUAGCUACGGCGGCACUGUAGAUGUAACCGGUCAAAUCCUACACGGAAAGACGUCUCCCCUCAAGCACGACGGCAAGGGCGUGUUCGCCAACGUUCCUCAGGACGUACCCGUUACCAGAUACCAUUCGCUCGCUGGCACUCACGGAUCGCUUCCCGAAUGCCUCGAGGUAACCGCUACCAUCCCCGCAAACGAGGAUGCCGAAGUCAAGGAGGUCAUAAUGGGUGUACGCCACAAAGAAUACGUCGUGGAAGGUGUGCAGUUCCACCCGGAGAGCAUCUUGACCGAACAUGGACGCAUCAUGAUGCGAAACUUUCUCAAGAUGCAGGGAGGAACCUGGGCUGAGAACGAGCGGUUGCAGAAAGAGGCACAGGCCCAAGCGGUUGGGACGGCUACUAAUGCCACAAAGGAUAAGCAGACGUCUAUACUGGAGAAAAUCUACGCGCAUCGCAGGGCAGCUGUCGCUGAGCAAAAGAAGAUUCCCUCCCAAAGACCUAGCGACCUACAGGCUUCAUACGACCUGAAUCUGGCCCCUCCGCAACUCAACUUCCCGGAACGCCUUCGCCAGUCUCCCUUCCGACUUUCACUCAUGGCCGAGAUCAAGCGCGCGUCGCCUUCCAAGGGCAUCAUUUCUCUAUCCGCCUGUGCACCUGCUCAGGCAAGGCUAUACGCAAAAGCUGGAGCUAGUACCAUCUCUGUACUCACUGAACCCGAGUGGUUCAAGGGAAGCAUUGAUGAUCUGAAAGCUGUCCGACAAAGUCUCGAGGGAAUGCCAAACCGGCCUGCUGUUUUGCGCAAGGAGUUCAUCUUCGAGGAAUACCAGAUCCUCGAGGCCCGACUCGCAGGUGCUGAUACCGUGUUGCUUAUUGUCAAGAUGUUGGAGGAACCCAUCCUAAAGAAGCUCUACGACUACUCCCGGUCGCUUGGAAUGGAGCCUCUGGUUGAAGUACAAAACGCGGACGAAACUGAGAUUGCUGUGAAGCUGGGCGCUCAGGUCAUUGGCGUGAACAAUCGAAACCUUGUCAACUUUGAAGUUGACAUGGAAACGACAAACCGCCUCAUCAACAUGGUCCCCAAGGAAACAAUUCUGUGUGCGCUGAGUGGUAUCGCUGGACCAAAGGACGUCGAGCCGUACAUCAAGAGUGGCGUGGGUGCAGUCUUGGUUGGCGAGGCGCUAAUGCGCGCGUCCGACACUGCCCAAUUUAUCGCUGAGCUUCUGGGUGGCUCAUCGGCGAAGGCAUCUCAGAAGUCUUCCACGCCAAUGGUCAAGAUAUGUGGGACACGAAGUGCGGAGGCUGCAAAGGCUGCAAUCGACGCUGGUGCUGACCUAAUCGGCAUGAUCCUGGCGCCUGGCACCAAGCGCACAGUAACAGCGGAGACGGCGCUUGCAAUUUCCGAAACUGUGCACAAGACUACGAAGCCAAAUGUAUCUAAGUCAGGCUUGCUGGCUGACUCCAAGGUCGCGUCUGACUUCUUCGAACAUGGUGCGUCACGACUUGUAUCAAGCGACAGCCGCGCCCUUUUGGUUGGUGUGUUCCGCAACCAGUCAUUAGAGUAUGUACUUGAGCAGCAGCGGCUGCUAAAUUUGGAUAUUGUCCAGUUCCACGGCCAAGAGCCACUAGAGUGGGCUAAGCUCGUGCCGGUCCCUGUUCUCAGAGCCUUCAACCCACAUGAUCAUGGCAUUGGUGCACGAGGCUAUCACGCCUUGCCCCUUCUGGACGCUGGAUCUGGAGGUUCGGGUCAACAGCUGGACCUAUCAGAUGUUAAAGCGGUAUUUGCAAAAGACAAUGGUGUAAAGGCCAUAUUGGCUGGAGGCUUAAACCCGGACAACGUAAAGACUACGUUCACCGGACUUGAUGAGUACCGAGACCGGGUCGUAGCCGUCGACGUCAGCAGCGGUGUUGAAGAGGAUGGUCAACAGAGUCUCGAUAAGAUACGUGCCUUUGUGAAGGCCGCGAAGGGCCAGUAGUGUUGUUGUAAACCACACAAGUGAUCCAUAUGUCACUGUUCAAUCUGAAAAGUUUUCGUGUUAAACC